CAUGUGUAUAUUAGGAGAAAAUUGUAGUGAAAUGUUGGUGAACUUUCAUGAGGACCUGAAAAAACAAAACCUGGAUGUAAAAAUAUGAAGAAACAAAGCUAAGCUUUGAAAAUGAGAAACAGAGAAACCAAAACUGAGAUAUUCACCCAUACCUGGGAAUCAGGUUAUAAGCUUGCACUGUAAAGUACCAUUUCCCAUUUCAUUCCAAAGAGCUACUUUGGAAUUGGGAAUUCUAAUUACAAUUUUUCACUCCCCCACAUACAAUUUGAACAGCAGAUUUUCCAUGACAUUUUAAAAGUUAAUUUUGAAAUAUCCAUUGCUUUCAUCAUGAUCCAUUUUCCUUAUGGCACUGGAGGCUGCUUUUCAACAAACACAUGCUCAGUACUUUGUGGGGCAUACAGACCUAGUUCCAUGGUUCAGUGGAUGCUAAUCAGUAACUUUUAUUUCUACCACUUAGAGUAAUAUGUAAAUCCAAAUUUUAUAACACUAUCAGGAAAAAAAGUUCAAAAUAAAAAUGGAGGGGGAAGAGCAGGAGGAGGGAAAGAGAUGUUUCUGAACAAGGUCAUGCAUACUUGAAUCUAAAAGUGAGAGCUGGUUCUACACUCAUGUUAAGGCUGAAAACAUUGCUGUAUUGAGGCAUGUGUGACUGUUGGCCAUAUUCAGAUGUGAUACAGUUGGCAGAAUCACAUCAUGCAUUUAAAGUGCAUUCAAUGUGCAUUUAGACCACAUGACUUCUCUCAAAGAAUCCUGGAAAUUGUAGUUCACCCCUCAAGACCUACAGUUCCCACCACCCUUAACAAACUACAGUAGUUCCAGCACUCCUGAUCUACUCUAAUCUUUAUCCAGAGGGAAAACAGAUAACAGUAUGGCUUAGAAUUACCGUACUUCUGACUCAGCGCUCAUUGUUUGUUGCUCCCGAGCAAACCGCAAACCAAGAGCGAACAUUCAUUUCAGAUCACGGUUUCUCACCCCUGAUUUGGAUAGCAUGCAAAGUCUGCUGCUCCAUGGUCUGCUUCCCCUCUGGAGGGAGGAGCAAAGUUGGGGAGCCUGAGUUGGGUGCACCGGUACCUUGUACCCAAAUAAGCCUCUUAGUUUACAUUUCUAGACUUUCUUUCAACAUCCCCCAAGAAAUCACAAAAACGCAAGCAUGAUUUUGCAGUCUGCAAAUUGGACUAUGGCAGUACAGCAGUAUUUUCAGUUCAGCACUAAAAAUAUAUAUAGCUUGCAUGGAGUGGUGUAAACCAACGCAGAAUCAAUUAAGAGCACACUUGUGAAAUUGACUAGGGGAGACUGGAACGUAUAAAAGCCCAGCCUUGAUACACACAAUUUUAAACUGUCUCUCCUAUAACACAUACCUGCUCUUUGUCAAUAUGGGGACUAUUAAUUUCUUUCUAUGCAUUUUUAAAGUAUUUAAAAAUAACUAAGAUGUCGCUUGCUUUUUCAGUUUCAAAUCAUUGCCAGGUUUCUUCUUCUCCUCAGACUUAAGGAAAGGCUAGAACCAUAUUAGGGCUGUGAGUGAGUGUCCAACCCUUUUGCAUUCAUCAAAGCCAGCGAAGCCUGUGCCUAGUCAACAGAUAAAACUGGACUUUACGGAAGGAUUUGAUAUUUUACCAAAGAACUAUUCCAAAUGCUUUUCUAGCAAUUAUUUGUGUCUGGCUUGCAUCUGGGGAUGUUCUCAUUGCACUCAGUGGAUUUUUUCUAUGAAUAAAAUUACACAGGAUUAAGUUCAAGUACACUCUUUUCCUGUUUGCAAAUGAUUUGAAGAGUCAUGCGGAGCGGAAAAAAACACCUGACCACAUGCAGUAAAUUAAAGUGGGAGGGGGCGGGGAGCCCAUCCAGGUACUCUGAUUAAUUUGGCUGCAACUCGGCAUGGCUCUAUGUAAAAAGGCUAGAAGAGGAAAAGGUUUGCAGCAAUCCUAGGGGAGGAGGGUGACAGCAAAAACUCCAGGAGCAUCGCUCGUAUUCUCUUCAGACAAGACGACAAGAGGACGACAAGAAAGAAAAGCUGCUCUGAUUUGCACUAAAUGGAAUAUAGGAACUUCCUCCUUGGCUUCCUUCUCUGCUGCACUUUGCUCAUAACCAGCUACUCUUACAUGGUAUUUGAGGAAAAGCAGAAUGCCGUCAACAGUACGGUAAAUAAUAACAAAAUCAAGUUUCCGGAUCUCCCACCUAUCUCAAUAGUAGAUUUAACCAAAACGUCCCUGAAGCUCAGCAGGAAUGAGGCUGAGAAAAGGAAAUCUAUGAAGAAAAAGGCACAGCAAAAAAAGCCUCCCCAACCAAGACCUCCACCACCACCCAACUGUGUGCCUACUUGGUCAAGCUGCAAGCCACCAUCUCGUCCCUGCUGCGAUUUUUGUGCCUUCUGUCACUGCCGACUAUUUCAGACAGUCUGCUACUGCCGUAUGGGAAACCCAAACUGCUAAAUCAAAAACCAGGGAUGCCACGGGGACUCUGUGUCUUAUUAGACCCAUAAGGCCUCUUUGUCUUAUGUGCAUUGCAAAGGAAGCCAAGAACUUUUGAAGCUGGCUGGCUGGCUGGCUUUUACUCCCUCCCAAACUGCAUGAAUUAUGGGAUAUUUUUCAUGAGGUAAAUGCUGUCAUAAACAAGACAGCCACUGCCCCAGCAAGUAUGACAAGGAAUGGAAAGAAAGGAGAUGCAGCCUGACGGCCUGAAAGGGUAUUUACAAGAGAGGUGAAAAGAAGCAGAUUUCAUGUCAAGAAGGAAUUAUAUCUCUCUUCAGAAGUGGUAUUAUAUUGCACAUUACAAGUUUGAAUGAGAAACAUGGGCCACUGACUAGCUACAAAAGGCACAUUCCAGAAAGUCAGCCAUGUAGCAAUAAAGAAGAUUUUUAAAUAGUAUAGGGCAGAUGGAGACAAGCUACUGCUCAGUCUUUUAUAGUUAGCUCUCUGUCAAGGGUGGAAGAUAAAAGCCUGUUGGAAACUGCCAACCCAAGGUCCUAGAAAAGAGUGGCCCUUACCCAAAUUAUUAUGACCACUGCAUCUCCUUUGAAGCGGGGAGCAUGGCCGCACUUAGUUCCACAGACACCUACUGAAUAGUAUGAUAUCAACACAACAUGCCACAAAUCCAGCCCAUCCUAUUUACCACAGUGGCUAACCAUAUGCCUAUGGGAAUCCUACAAGCAAGGUACAAAGGUAAUAGACCUCUCCUGCUGUUGUCCGCAGCAACUGGUUGUCAGAGGUGCACUGCUUCUGUAACAAAAGGUAACAAAAGGAGGGAAGAGGAGCAUGCGUGGGGUGGACUGCCCAGAAUUUGUGAGCUUUUUUUAGGAGGGAAGUCCCAGAGUUGUUGAGCUUUUUUGGGGGAGGAUUGCACAGAGUUUUUUAGUUUUUUCCACAAGCACUUCUCACAUGCACAAAUAUUCUUUUUUUACUUUGCUACUAUGAUGUGGGGACGCAGGUGGCACUGUGGGUUAAACCACAGAGCCUAGGACU